GCACAAUUCCAAAAACUAAGCGCAACCCCUAGAAACUAGAUUUCCUAAUGAACUCAAUCCGCAAGCUCCCACUGACCUUUCUCAAAACCCCCCUCAUAAACCCCACCUUCUCCGUCGCCGUCCGCCGGCGGUUGUCGACCAAAAGCGGCGACGACGAGUGGAACGACGCAUGGGAAUCCGCGUGGCUUCCGGACGAUCUCUCUGGCAAGAAUCGAGCUCCAUGGGAAACCGAUGUAAAUUUUGCACUUCCCGGUGAUACUAGCAAUACUACCGAAAAUUCCGAAAAUGGGCCUAGAGUUUCGGAAGUUGAUGCGGAAACCAAAGCCUUUGUAGAGGACAUGAAUGAGAAUUGGCACUUAAGAAAGGGGAAGCAACAGAAAAAUAUUACCAAUGAUGAUAAUGAAAAGGGCAUAAUAAAGAUCAGUGAGAAUGAGAGUUCGCUGUAUAGUUUGGAGAAUAUAAAGAGGGAUUAUAGGUUGAAGAAGCAGAGAAUACAUGCGGGCUUGUGGUUGAAGGAGAUUGAUAAAAUGGAAGAGGCUAAGCUUGGGGAUUCUAUUGGUGGCAAUGCUGAUGAUAUUGAAAAGCUUCUCGAUAGCUGCUCAGAGAUUUUUGAUUCACCUAAUGAUGAUUUAAGCAAUUCAAAAAUUACGAAUUCUGAGUUCAAAAACAAACCUGAUGGCUGGGAAACAACGUCGAAAACGCAAGAUGGGAAUAUAUGGGAGAUGUCACAAAGAGAGGAAGAUAUCUUAGUCCAAGAAUUUGAACGCCGAAUUGCAUUCAACAAAUUCCAGAUUGCUAGUUUUAUUAAAACCCAUAUAUUCAGCCGAAGGAGGCCUAUAGAUGGUUGGAAGUACAUGAUAGAGGAGAUUGGACCAAAUGCCAAGAAAGGGAAGGGCAGUGUUUCAAGGUUACCUAGCAUAGCAGAUGCGUCAACUCGGCCUUUUAGAGAGGAAGUAACAUCAUCGGACUCUACUUUCCCCUCUAAUCGGGGGAGGACUGGAAGGUAGUACUUGUAAAUUUUUGUUCAUAGAACAGAGUGUCAUGGCGGAAUUAUGGACAUCAAUGUUGUAAAACUAGUACUGAACUUGUCUUAGGAUGUUUUAUUGAAUUUACUACAAAAUUUUCAGUAGGUCCUAGUGGAAGUCAUCUUUUUCCAUCUUAACAAACAUAGUCUAUAUUCUUGUGUUGGUAUAUUUUUCUCUUCGUUUUCUA